AUGGCUGUCGAGUUCGAGCUUCCGGUUUUGCAGAUAUCUAUGGCAGUGGUGGACAAGAUGCAAGGGCCCGAUGCAUUGCGGGCAUUAUGGACAGGUAUGGAUUGGCAUCGGAUGGCAGCAGCGGGUGAUCGCUCACACGCUGCCCUUAACCUCGGUAGUAUUCACAAAGACAACUGCACUAUGGCGGACCCAGUAUUUAUGGAAGAGUCCACAGAAGAAAUCGUUUCCGACGACAACAACGACUCGGAUGGCGAGUGGGAAGAUGAUUCGGCACCUCCGAGUCGUGAUCCUACUGUUGUGCCAACGGCCACUCACAUUGAUAAGGCCGGCGUUAAUACUCGGCGCCAAUCAUCCACGGUUGUGCUCCAACGACAGGCUCCCAACAAUACUUCUCGCCCUCCUCGACUCUCGGGCGAACCUCCAGUGAUCUUGUCUGCAUCCCAGCCCGUAUUAUCAUCUCGCCCAGCCAUUACCAUCGAAUCUCGUUCCAACUCGUCACCGGACGGUGCCUAUUCAUCGCAUGGCACCAAUAUUGGCAGGAUCAUUAGCAACUUGCUGCCCGAAAAACUGGAGGUCGCCGUUCCCUCUUCAUUGACACUUCAGUCUUCGAUGUUUGCGGCCGUUUCUAAUUCAAUCUCCGUCGACGCCUCCCAAUGCGUCAGCUGGCACUUCGGCGCAUUUGCCCCCAACGUUAUGGUCAUAAACCCGACGCCUCGACCGACACCUCCUGAUACUCCUUCGACGCGGGCUCGUGCGGUACCCACCAACAUUCCGGUCGCCCUCUCUCCCAGCACGGCGCCCCUCGCGCUUGCCCCGCCCAGUACUCUGUCCCAGCCUCAUCUGGUUUUGUUGCCUUACCCAUUGGCGUCGGAUAAGCUCGUGCCUGCGGCAGCCUUACCCCUGACUCCAACUACGGUUACUGCCCCGGAACUAGCCGAUGAAGAUUCCAAGAAGAAGAUAUUCUAUGUUCAAUCUCCUGAAGGAGCGACUGGGAGCGACGAUGGUCGAAGUCACAGCAGCUCCUCGAACAGCAAUACGACCAGCAAUGUGACCGAUGCUCAUGUAGGCCUUGGUGGCCAACAGGCAUCGAGUGUCUCAAGCGCAACCACGGACGAGCCGGUCAACAGUGUGGAGCCCCCAUCAGAGACCACGCCGCCACCUGGUCAGGAUAUUUCGGUGACACGAGGCACAAAUCACACGCGCCACUCGUCCGGAAAUACCGCAUAUAAUCGGCCGCGAGCGGGCAGAGGAGUCAAAGCAUCCAAGCCUGCUGCUAAGGCGGCUCAUCGCGGACGUCCAAAUGCUCUCGUGCGAACCACAUCGAAUACUUCUGACAAAUCACGCGGGGACGGAAGGCCUCGACCUGCCCGACAACACUCUGUUUCAGAAGAGCUUGUGGAGGAAAUCGAAGAAAUCGAAGGGGAAAACAAACAAACGUCCGCCUCAACCUCGCACACUGUGACGUCUCUUCCACGUGCUUCCCCUGCUCCUAACUUGAAUAUGACCCCAGCUAAUAAGCGGGCUGAACUUCCGCGAAAUGAAGUUACCGCCUCCCGGGUUGUAUCUAGCCCGGUGCAGACGCGUCAGGCACUGUCGCACGUUCGUUCUCCUCCGAAUAUGGUCGCCCGAGCUUCACUCGUAGCUCCAUUCACCACAAUUGCUUCGGCUGCACCGACCGCACCAACCGCACAUGACAAUCCGGUCGAGGCCCCCAGGCCACCCCUGAACAAUAAUAGUUCGGCAUUAAUGGGGUUGGGCCACCGAGGUGUGCAUGUCGAGACUUCCUCGGACCUUGAUAUAGAGUCAGGCUCGGAAGCAUCGUGGUCUGAUGACGAGACAGACAACGAGGAUACACUCGCACGCGCUGCCAAUGAAGCCAGUCGCCAACGGAGUAUGUUUGAGAAGAUUAAGCCCAAGGCGCCUAUACGCAAUCAAUCCACCACCGGCUUACUUACGCACCUCAUGAACCCGGACCCAAGAAUUUUCCCUCAGACUGCCAUGCGUGCGCACAACUCAGCCCAGAAUCUUGCGGCUGGGCGUCGGGUCGGAGCGCCGACUAUUCUCCAGACCAGCCGGAGCACGGUUGCAGUACCAAAAGCUGCGGCCGUAACUGCCGAGGAAGUCACUACACACGUUAGCGUAGACCCUACAGGCAGGGCUGUUGGUGGAUCCGGCUCGCGUGGACUACGGCUGCAGGGCCGACCGCAGGGUGAUGUCGACGAGGAAGGCUCAACUGACGAAGAGAAUUCGAUGCCCAACGAACUCUCCAAGACUUAUGCACAACGGCGACUCGAAGCUCUCGCAACGAGGGCACGCGUGCCUCCCCCGCCUCCAAUGGAGCAGGUGCGGCGAAAUGGGGCUAAUGCUCCUGCCCCUGCAGUAGCUCCUCGACCUGCUCCGCAGCAGCCUCAAGCGACUAUGCCAUAUGACAUGGAUGUUCGGCCCAUUCAUUCUCCACGAACUGUACGACGGAAGAUGAUCGCCGGAGAGUUAAGCGAAAGCCUACGUCGGAACUUGAUGUGGGAGCGUACGUCUACUAGGUUUGCUAUGGGUGCUGGUGCCCUUGGUUCUGGGCUAAGGCCUUUAGCCGGAACACGGCCGGGUAUCCAGGCCACCAAUAGUGAGCGAGGUACCGGCGGCUCACGAAGUGGUGCCGAGGACGACGAACGUGCGGAACGUCGCUUGGCGUUAGCACGUAACAAGUCUUGGGCAAACGAUUUUCAUCACGCUGGGUGGUAA